AUGUGCUCAGAAGUACCUUCAUGGGUCAUAUCAAUGGUAGAAGAUACCACUUCUCCUAUCAUGUAUGAUCCUAUUAAAGAGCAAAAGGGAAACAUCAUUGGAAGAAAGACUAUUUUGCUUCUGAUAGCAGGAGUACUUUGGGCAUAUUAUGUUUAUACUCCUCUCCCAGAUAAUAUUGAGGAACACUGGCGACUAGUGUGGAUAGCUAUAUCUGUGAAAAUGAUAACAAAUUUGGCUUUGUUAGUUGAAUUCCUGGGAAUCAAUCAUUUUGUAAACACUGGAAUGUUCUUCAUGAGCUUUCAAGAAGUCCCACCUACAUCUGAUGAAAAUGUUACUGUGAUGGAGAUUACUUUUAAUAAUGUUCCUGUCCUUGUAUACGUGCCAACACGAAAGUCAGAGAUACUGAGAAGAGGCUUAUUUUAUGUUCAUGGUGGUGGUUGAUGUAUGGGGGAUGCUGCUUUGUUUAAUUAUGACUUUCUAUCAAGGUGAACAGCUGAUAGACUUGAUGCUGUUGUUGUAUCAACCAACUACAGACUAACACCUAAAUAUCACUUUACAAAUCAAUUUGAAGACGUAUAUAAUGCACUAAGAUGGUUGUUACGCCAAGAGAUUCUUGAAAAAUAUGGUAUAGAUCCGAAAAGAAUUGGCAUUUCUGGAUACAGUGCUGGUGGAAAUUUAGCUGCAGCGGUGACUCAACAGCUCAUAGAGGACCCAGAUGUCAAGAUCAAACUCAAGCUUCAGUCUUUAAUAUAUCCUGCCCUUCAGACUCUUGACAUGGAUUUACCAUCGUAUCGGGAAAACCUAGACUCUCUAGUCCCGUCCAAACCACUCAUGGUCAGGUUGUGGAGUGAAUACCUUACCACAGACAGAUCACUUGAAAAAACCAUGUUUUUUAAUCAACAUGUACCAAUGGAAUCAAGCCAUCUGUUCAAAUAUGUUAAUUGGAGUUCCUUGCUCACUGAGAAGUUUAAGAAAGGCCACUCUUAUCAUAGUCCAAAUCAUGGUAGUUCUGAGCUGGCUAAAAAAUAUCCAGGAUUACUAGAUGUGAGGGCAGCCCCAUUGCUGGCUGAUAACAACAAGUUGCGUGUUUUGCCCUUGACCUACAUCAUCACCUGUCAAUAUGACAUCUUAAGAAAUGAUGGACUCAUGUACGCCACCCGACUACGGAACGCUGGAGUUCAAGUGACCCAUAACCACUUUGAGGAUGGAUUCCAUAGAGCUCUUUCUUAUAAUGGGCUUAAAAUUGGGUAUAGAAUAGAAAAUCAGUAUAUGAGUUGGCUAAGUAAAAAUCUAUAGUAAAAAUCUAAGCAAUGGUUUAUUUAAAAUGUAUAAAGCUCAGAACAGGAAACAAAUUAGUGAAAAUCAAAGUGUUGAUGUUUGAAUUGAUCUUUGUCAUCUGUGACCUUCUAAGGUCCUCACAGCCAUAGUGGGUUUUGUUUUUGUUUUUAUUUUUUUGACUGCUAGCAAAUUCUUCUCCAUUUUAUUUACUGUUCUAAGUGUUAUUCACUCACUUCAUAUUUUCUUUGGCUACCAUGACUCACUUGGUAAAUCUCUAAUUUACAGUUCUAGUUUUUUGAUUGGCUAACAGUAUUACCGAUGAGAAGAUAGUUUUAAACAAACACAUGUGGUUUGUAAAAUGCCAGAGUUUUAGUCAGCAUGAAUUUAGAGACUUGACAUGCUGCCCUGUGAGAACUGAUAGGAAAUAUGUGCCAUCUCUUUUAAAAAGCAUUUGCCUCAAUAUAAUGUUGUUUGCCUAUUACUGUAAAAUUCAGUUCUUAAUACAGACCUCUUCCUGUACUAAGAAACCAACAUUAAUGCAAAUGAUCUUUUAGGUACUUUAGGGAAAGCCAGCUCUAAUAGUGUGAGAAAUUAAGAAGGUUGAAGUAGGCACGGAGCCAGCAUAAGGCAGUAGCUCCACAUGUGGCAAUGACUUAUAGUGGUGAGCAAAGCUUAGGAUAUAGAAGAAAUGAUACAACCAAAU